AUGGUCAGGGAUGAGCGGUAUCGUCUGGUCGGGCAGAAAACGUGGAACGAUCAACGUGCGCACGUCGUCGAUGCCACCGUCGGCGAACCUCGAAAGCGGCAAAUCCUGACUCGAACAGGUGUCUUUGAAGAGCCUUUCGGUUUGCACAAGCCUCCGAAUCUGUUCCAAGUUCAACCCACCUUUCACGCCCAACUCGACACGUAUCAUUCGUACUUGAUCGCCUUCUCCCUGCGAGACAUCCUUGGCUUGCUCAAGUCAUUCGUUUUCGUCGACAAGGCGAUUGAGCGGGGAGCGCGAAAGCCUUCUCAGCGGGACGUGCUCCAGCAUUACCUCAGCACUCUCGCCAACGAGGAAGACGAGUACGAACCACGGUUCAUAAUCCUCGUCCUGCGAUCGCUGCUCUUUACGGAUGGACCCGACCACUCCUACAUCACUCUCCUUUCCGCGCCGGACGAGCAGAACACUCGUCAUCCGCAGCACUACUACAGCCAGAUCACCGGCGACCUCAUCGACGACUCCGGCCUACCCUACCCUCCCUUCCUACAUCACUGCACUCGCAAUCUUACAGACGCCGUGCACCUCCUCGCCCUGGUCUUGAACGCGAUCAACAAGAUCUGGUGGUUCGAGGAAAUGAUGUUGUACAAGCAGGGCGCGGACCGCGAGACGUUCGACGCAUACGCAGGCUUCUCGGAGGAGGCCCAGCUCAUCGUUGCGGGAAUCAAGGCUCUCGCCUGGCGUAUCUUCAACCCUCCCACGUCGUCGGUCGGCUUAGCAUCCCCGAGCGACCCGCCUUCGCCGUCGACCUCUCUUCUCAAACGGAUCGAGUCGUUCUUGAAGAAGCCGACUCCAACCGUAUCGCGCUUGCCUGCCACAGCGCCUGCGCCUGCAACACCGUCUCGCCCAGGACGUCCUCCCGGUCCGCCGCCUCCACCUCGUCCAGCAGGGCCAGACAACGGCGAAGACCAGGAUACGCCUCGCCCUGCGUCCGGCUCAUCGUCUCGUGGUAGCGGGCCGGUGCCGCGCCAGCCAACGUUUCCGCGAACGACUCGUUCUACAACGUCGCGCUCGAACAUCCCAGCUCCCGGUCUCCGCGUCGCCAAGAUCUCGCUCUUCACCUGCGCAGGUUUACAGGCUUUCGACAUCAACGACAACGAGUACUCGGCGACUGGCUUCAUCUCGAUCCCCGGCGGGACGCCUCUCGACGACGAGUUGCGUAACGAACCGGCGUUCACGCGGCUUGCGCAGACAGUCAUGCACUGCGUCGAGGCAGAGACCGCCUUGUCACAGAGUCUCGAGCGUUCAGCCGACUCUGAGACUGAAUCGACUCAGGCCGCCCUCCGUGUUCUUAACCGCCUACUCCGCCCGCUCGACGCGUUUGAAGAUCACGCCGUCGUGGCCGGACUCGUCGAUGAUGGUUACGUCGCCAGCGGAGAUGACUCGCUCAUCCUCACGUACACUUUGCAGAUCAAGGAGGAUCUGCUCGCGGUGAGUGCGGUCGACGAGUCGACGUCGUCCAUCGCUGCGCUUUUCGUCAAGGGUGCGCCCGAGUCCGUACUCGAGCGCUGCGGCUUUAUCGAGACCGGAUCGUCCCGCCAGCCUCUCACUCCGCAGCUCCGCGACGAGAUCAAGAAAGCGGUUCUCAGCUACGGCUCGCAGGACCUCCGCACUCUCGCUUUCGCCUACGACAACGUUGACCCCAACGCCGACCACUACCGCCCAAGCUCAUCCUCGCAAUACAUCGCCUCCGAGCGGACGAUGACCUUCGUCGGCCUCGUCGGCAUGCUCGACUCCGAAACGUCUUCGAUUCCCGCACUUCGCUCGAUCUGCAUCGACGUCCACCGCGAAUCGGUGCACAAGGUCCCGAAGCAGCCUGUCACAGCGCUGCUUGUUCGCGAGCACGCUCGACUUAUCGCCGAGUGGGAAUUGACGGAUCACGACUUGCCAUACCUCAUCGAUCUCGCCUUCAGACGCGACAUCGCCUGGGAGUACCGGAAAGUGCUGCUGCGCCGCCUUUUCUUCACCGGCGAACAACCUCUCUUUGACGACCCUGCGCCGUUUCCGCCUGACCCGGCCGCGUCACAGUCCGACACCGCGCGCGCCGACUCCGCUACCGAGCCUCCGAGUUCGCGAUCCAAGGCCGCACCGUCUAGGUCGCCUCUCGGCCCCACUACUGGCGUCGGUCUUGUUUUUCCGAAUCGUCCUGCGACCCGUCCCAGCCGCGACGACGAUGCGGACAAGGAGAAUGUGGCGCCGCGCAGCGACCACCGCCAGGCGCGGCAAUCGGCACCAUUGCAGCCUUCAGGAUGGACCCGUAUGCUUCGUUAG